AUGGGAAGGCGUGCGCACGGGGCUGUGCUGAACCGGGUCGUGACAAGCUGCGGAUUGACGGCGGAGGCACGCACCUCCCGUCAGGUUAUCUGCCACCAGAGCUCGGCGCCUGACGACGCUGCGGAGGCACGCACCUCCCGUCAGGUUAUCUGCCAGCUGAGCUCGGCGCCUGACGACGCUGCAGAGGCACACACCUCCCGUCAGUUUGCCUGCCACCUGAGCUCGGCGCCUGACGACGCUGCGGAGGCACGCACCUCCCGUCAGGUUAUCUGCCACCUGAGCUCGGCGCCUGACGACGCUGCGGAGGCACGCACCUCCCGUCAGGUUAUCUGCCAGCUGAGCUCGGCGCCUGACGAUGCUGCGGAGGCACGCACCUCCCGUCAGUUUGCCUGCCACCUGAACUCGGCGCCUGGCGAUGCUGCGGAGGCACACACCUCCCGUCAGUUUGCCUGCCAGCUGAGCUCGGCGCCUGGCGAUGCUGCGGAGGCACACACCUACCGUCAGUUUGCCUGCCACCUGAGCUCGGCGCCUGGCGAUGCUGCGGAGGCACGCACCUCCCGUCAGUUUGCCUGCCAGCUGAGCUCGGCGCCUGGCGAUGCUGCGGAGGCACACACCUCCCGUCAGUUUGCCUGCCACCAGAGCUCGGCGCCUGACGAUGCUGCGGAGGCACGCACCUCCCGUCAGUUUGCCUGCCAGCUGAGCUCGGCGCCUGGCGAUGCUGCGGAGGCACACACCUCCCGUCAGUUUGCCUGCUACCUGAACUCGGCGCCUGGCGAUGCUGCGGAGGCACGCACCUCCCGUCAGUUUGCCUGCCAGCUGGGCUCGGCGCCUGACGACGCUGCGGAGGCACGCACCUCCCGUCAGUUUGCCUGCUACCUGAACUCGGCGCCUGGCAAUGCUGCGGAGGCACGCACCUCCCGUCAGUUUGCCUGCCAGCUGAGCUCGGCGCCUGGCGACGCUGCGGAGGCACACACCUCCCGUCAGAUUGCCUGCUACCUGAGCUCGGCGCCGGUGCUGUCUUCCCUGACGGUGCAGGGGGCGUCGCCGCCCACGGGCACCG